CUCUUUCAUCAAUAUGGGAAUUGGUUUUUUUUAAGUUGCUCUGGCGAUCAAUUUUUAAGUGAUCUUGCGAAGGUGUUCAUAUUGUGGAUUUUUGAGUGCAGACAACUUUGGACAUGUUCUGCUGUGGAGGUGCCGAGGAAGAGAGCUUUGGUCCACCGGCUAGCCAACAUGCUGCGCCACCAAACCGCUAUGUUCCAGGUCAUGAUAGAGAUCCAAGAGGUCCGAAUCCUGCCAGAAAUGGCGCCCCACAAAAAGCUUUGCCAAUCGAGAUACCUGCAAUACCGUUGGCCGAACUGAAUCGACUAACCUCUAAUUUUGGCCAGAAGGCUUUGAUUGGGGAAGGUUCCUAUGGUAAGGUUUUUCAUGCAAUUCUGAGUACAGGAGAGCCUGCUGCCAUAAAGAAGCUCGAUCCUAGUGUCUCGAGCGAUCCCGAUUCAGAUUUCACUGCUCAGUUAUCCAUGGUUUCAAGACUUAAACAUGAGUAUUUCGUUCAGCUGCUGGGCUACUGUUUAGACGCAAACAAUCGGAUAUUAGUAUAUCAGUUUGCAACCAAUGGGUCUUUACAUGACGUUUUACAUGGGAGGAAAGGAGUGCAAGGUGCUGAACCUGGACCUGUCCUGAGCUGGAAUCAAAGAGUGAAGAUUGCCUAUGGUGCAGCAAGAGGUCUUGAGUAUCUUCACGAAAAAGUCCAUCCAUCAAUUGUUCAUCGGGAUGUCAGAUCCAGCAAUGUUCUUCUUUUCGACGAUUAUGAAUCCAAAAUUGCUGACUUCAAUCUCACCAACCAGUCUCCUGACACAGCAGCUCGUCUACAUUCGACUCGAGUUCUAGGAACUUUCGGCUAUCAUGCUCCAGAGUAUGCAAUGACAGGACAAUUGACACAGAAAAGUGAUGUUUAUAGCUUUGGAGUCGUUCUUUUAGAGCUUCUAACAGGAAGAAAGCCUGUAGACCAUACAAUGCCAAAAGGACAACAGAGCCUUGUUACUUGGGCAACUCCAAGGUUGAGCGAAGACAAAGUGAAACAGUGUGUGGAUCCUAAGCUAAACAAUGAUUAUCCACCAAAAGCUGUUGCAAAGAUGGCAGCAGUUGCAGCACUAUGUGUUCAGUAUGAAGCCGACUUCCGGCCGAAUAUGACGAUCGUUGUGAAGGCUCUGCAGCCUCUCCUCAACAAACCGGGGGGAGACAACCAUAACUGACCUCAUAGAGCUGUUGUUCCUUCCCAAUUAUUAUUGGUCAUUACACCAUCCUGAUUCGGUUCUCUGUGUAUCAAGCAAAUUUUGUGGAUAAAAACCGAUAAUAUGCCCUAGUAUAUCAAUGUAUCACACAAGUAAUUAAUUAAAUAAAGUAAUACUAUUUCUUCUUGGAUGAA